AUGUCGUCUGGUCGUUCGAGCGGAGGUUUUGGUGGUCGUCGCAGUUUUCUUGCCGAAGACGAGAACGCGAGAAGAGUUGUCUCGUCGUCGUUUACGUCCUCGUCCUCGUCCGGUUUUGCAACGACGAUAUCUUCGCCGCGGAUAUCGUCAACCGAACGAUGCAAACGACGAGGAGGAGGAGGAGGAGGAGAACGAGGAGGACACAAAAACAGACGCAGACGAGGACGGAGUAAGAAGUCACGAGUCGUCCUGAUACAAAACGCGGGCGCGUUCACGAAAUUAAUCGAAAUCCCUCAGGCUCGAGCGGUCGCCCGAGGGGUACUCCUCCCGGCGAGAUAUUUCGUCGACGGGAAACGAAGGAAAGAAUCAGUGCUCGUAAACGAGAUGGUGCGCGUGCCAAACGAAGACCAAAAUGUGCCUCUAAAAGUAGCAAAGUUGAUCCCUUUGAGCGGGUACGACGUCGGCGAAGUACCGUUUGUCAUGCAAGUGGUGAGUUAUUACCGAAAUCCGCUCGAUUGUGGGAUGAUGAAGCGAGCGCUGGAGAAGGCGUUGGAGAAGUAUCCGAUGUUAGCCGGACGGUUGGAUUUACAAACGCCGGGGUUUAGGAAUAAAGGCGUACGAUUGACCAACUCCGGAGUGCCGUUUCGAGUGGUGAACGAACCUUUCGAAGAUGGAGGCGCGAGGACGAUCGACGAUUUACCGCAGGAUUUCGCGAGCGAAAGUCGGAGGUUUUUAGAUUUCGCGCCUUGGAUUGAAUUGAUGCUCGGCGACGCGCCGGCGUUUACGGUGAAGAUUACGAAUUUGCCGAAUAAUGGCGGAUCGGUGUUGGGCGUGUGCAUGUCGCACGCCGUGAGCGACGGUCAAGGAUUCGUGGAGUUUUUAAUCACGUGGGCGGAGAUUGCGAAAGGGAAUUUAAACGGGAAUCCACUCGGAGAUCCCAUAUUCGAUAGGAGUUUGUUACCGACGAGUGAAUUUGAAAAGAAAGAGGAGAUUGAACGGAUGUUGGAGGAAGAACAAUUCGUCGGCGCCGGGUCGGUGGAUACGUUGGUGAACGCAGUCAAAGCCGGGAGAGCGUUAGCACCAGAUUUCUUGAGGUUUCCAGCCGGGAAUCGAUCCAUGAUUAAGAUAUCGAAAGAGAACAUCGACAAGAUUAAAUCCGCGUCGAACGCGAGCAACGAGAACGAAGCGUUGAGCGCGCACGCGUGGUUACAGCUCUCUAAACUCUCAGGUUUACCAACUGGGAGCGAUUUCCAACAUGUGACGGUGGUAUCCGCCAGAGGUGGGUCCAAAGGCUUACCGCCGAUGUAUUUCGGGAACGCGUGCGUUGGUGUGAAAACGGGUGCUUUGAAAAUCGGCGAGUGCGGCGACGAUAUCGCGAAAGCCCGCGAUUUGAUCAAACCCGGUUUGCGUAAAAUGUUGAAAGAUCGAUCGAAAUAUUUGAUGUUGACGGAAAGCGCGUUUCGAGCCGGCGUAAACGCGUACGAUUGGGACUGCUUAGCGUUUAUGAGCGGUGAGAUGUGCUGGUGUAACAAUUUGGUGGAGAUCUAUAAAAAGUUGUACGAGUUAGAUUUCGGAUCGGGGACGCCGGAGUUGGCCUUGCCGCCGGAGUUGAACGAUAUCGUGCAAAUCAACACGUCGAGACCGACUGAACCGGGAAUGCCAGCCGGAGAGAACGGAGUGGAAAUGUUUGUGAACAUGCCACCGAGCGUUAUGGAAAGGGUAAACGCGAACGUGGAAGUGUUGAAUGGUGCGAGAUAUUAG